UAAGGGUGAAAGUGAGAGAAAGAGAUCAGACACAUCAGUCCCUAUAAUUGAUUUAUUGUGAGGGUUUUGAUGGAAGAACAUCUUAGUCCGCUUGCUGUUACCCAUCUCCUUCAACACACUCUCAGAAGCUUGUGCAUUCAUGAAAAUUCCCAGUGGGUUUAUGCAGUCUUCUGGAGGAUCUUGCCCAGAAACUACCCACCACCCAAGUGGGAAGGUCAAGGGGCUUAUGAUAGAUCAAGAGGAAACAGAAGGAACUGGAUUUUGGUGUGGGAAGAUGGUUUCUGCAACUUUGCUGCAUCAUCAUCAGCACCUGAAAUCACCUCCGGCGAAUGCCCUGGUUCGUCGGUAUACGGCAACUGUGAAUUCCAGCACUACCAAGGACUGCAACCGGAGCUUUUCUUCAAGAUGUCGCAUGAGAUCUAUAACUACGGAGAAGGGUUGAUAGGAAAAGUUGCUGCAGAUCACAGUCAUAAAUGGAUAUACAAAGAACCAAAUGAUCAAGAAAUCAACUUCUUGUCAGCGUGGCAUAAUUCCGCAGACUCGCACCCAAGGACAUGGGAAGCCCAGUUCCAGUCUGGUAUAAAGACCAUAGCCCUCAUCGCCGUAAGAGAAGGUGUUGUUCAACUGGGAGCCGUUCACAAGGUGAUUGAAGACUUGAGCUACGUGGUACUUCUGAGGAAAAAGUUCAGCUACAUUGAGAGCAUCCCAGGCGUGCUGUUACCACACCCAUCAUCUUCUGGAUACCCUUACAAGGUGGAAGGGUAUGGAUCAAUGGCAGAACAAUGGCAAUAUUUCCAAGGCAGUACUUUCGCACCCCCACCACCUGAGCUAUAUGACCACUUCAACCAGCAGCCUCUGAAAAUCACUCCAUCAAUGAGCAGCCUUGAGGCACUUCUCUCUAAGCUUCCUUCUGUGGUACCACCAGAAACAACAACAACACAACCAGAUCAUCAUCAUCAUCAUCUUGUGGCAUCCCAUCACCACCACCACCAAAGGCCAUUAGAGUUCAUGGGAAUGCAAAAAGCAGCAAAAGAAGAGAUUGAUGAUCAGGAGGUAUAUAGGCCAGAGCUUGAUGUGGGUGAGAGCAGCAGUUCCAUACCAGAAGGCUACAGUCAUCAUCAGCAGCAUUUCCAAGAUCAGAACUUGACGAGUAAUGGAGCCAAUCAUCAUGGGUUUUGAUGAGUAAAAUUAUAACAAUAAUAAUAGUAAGAUAAUAAAACCCAGAGGGCAUUAAUUAAUUAGCAUCAUCAUCAUGCAUAUGUUUUAGACUAGUUAUCAGGUGGGACGAAUGAAGAUGAUCAGUCCUAUAAGUCCUAACAGUUGUAGCGAGUUUGUUAGGUUCAGCUUUAUAUAUAUUAUCAUAAGGGCUAGUUUUUCUUUUAAA